AUGAGGAGAGCAAUGACGAACGACACAGUCAAAAACGAUAGUGGAAGUGUUGCUGAAAAGCCUUUCUAUGAAUAUGAUAAGCAACUUUCAUUAAUGAAAUACGCAGAUUCAUAUCGUGAUGUUCUGAGUUAUAAAUUUCUCAUGGCUGAAAUUCAAACAUACGAAAAUCCUCAGAAUGGAGAAGAAACAAUAAGACGUGAAAUCCUGAGACUUGAACACUUAUAUCAAAGUAAAUGGGCGAAGGAAUUUCUCGAACUAGUCGGUGCAAAAGAUUUGAAGCUGGUGAAUUUUUCUACUGAUGAAUACAGGAAGGCGUUUGAAGAAGAUAUUGCUUUUCAGCUCAACGUUUUUGCUCAUGAGGGAUUACACAAUGUGGUGAAAAAGAGUAUUUCAAGCAAAUGGGAAAAUCGAAAAUAUCUGGAUAUUGUAGAAGCUUUAUAUUUUGCGGAGACAUCAAUCAAUUUGAAGAGAAACGAAGUCCAAAUUGGAAUGAUAGAGAAGGACUUGAUGGAAGCGAAGAAAGAAAUGGAAAAAUUCAGAGCUGAACUUCAAGUGCUGGAAACAGCAGCAGUCGCCGCAACUAAUGUAUACAGAAAUAAAGCAAGCUCAUUGGAUGAUACUGAAAUUACGGAAGCGUAUUGGAAGGCUCGUACUGAUUUAGUCGUCGCCACAAGAGAACUAGUUGAAAAAAUAGAACCAUUGGAAAUGAAGAGGAUUGCAUAUUUGAAAUCAGUAUUAUUGAACUUUGUUUCAGCUGCAGAAAAGUGA